GAUUCCCUUUGCGCUACAAUGAAACUUGUAAUCAAGCAGCUUCUUGACGGCAGCUGCCGUUUAGGACAACUUACGGAACUUGGUCGCCAUACGGGAAGGGUGAUUGAUGUACCAGGUUGUCUGAUGUACACCCGGGGAGCUUCUGCGCCACAUUUGACCCAAGAUAUGGCGAAAACAAUCGACAAACUGCCAUUUGGGAUACAACUUACAUUGCCAACACUAGCUGAGAACCACGAAGUAAUAGAGGAUUACAAAUUAGGCAUUGGCUCAUUUACAAGUCAGCAGGAUUCUCUACUAUUUUUAUCUGUACAAGACCCAGGCACUACAAUACCAUCAGGAUAUAAUGAAAAACAGUUCGUAUCAAUAUGGACAACAGGGGGUAGGAUGAGGUUGUCAACAGCGACAUUCACUACAAUGCUGAAGAAUAUGAAACCAGAUUGGUUUGAAUGUCUAUAUGAUGGAGAUGUUGUUCCUGGAACAGCAUCCAAGAAACGAAUUAGGAAAUCUGUUGACAGAACUUUGCAGUACCUGGAUGACUGUUUAGAAGUCCAACAGAAUUCACCAGAAUUAAAAAAUAUUGAAGUAUUCGGUGUGAUAGAAGGGGGUGACAGCCAUGAUGAGAGAAUCAGAUCAGCAAAAGAAACCGCUAAACGUCCACUCUCAGGGUUUGUUUUGGAUGGUUUCCAAAGUGAUGCCUUAGCAACAGAUGUCAAGCAGAAUUUGAUGAUGUCUGUUUUGAAAGAGUUACCCGAAGAUAAACCCCGGCUGAUUCACGGAUGUGGUAGACCAGAUCAAGUCAUGCAGGCUGUGGAGUUAGGAAUUGACGUCUUUGAUUCUGCAUUUCCAUACUCGGUAACUGAGAGCGGAUGUGCAUUAGUCUUUCCUUUCAGCUACAAUCAUCAAAGUAAUGUUGACAGUGCUGUUUUAGAGCAAUCCACGGACCAAGAAAAAUCUAAUUAUGUAAACGACAAUAAAGCUGGCAUAUCAAGAUAUGAAAUCAAUCUGACAAAUGAAAGUUACAAGUCUGAUUUCACUCCACUGCUGGCUGACUGUAAGUGUUACAGUUGUCAAAACCACACCAAGGCUUACAUCAAUCACCUGUUGGUUACGAAAGAAUUGCUAGCCAGGGUACUGCUCAUGAUACACAAUUUUCAUCACUACUUUGAGUUCUUUGAAACCAUUAGACAGUCGAUACGAGACGACAAAUUCCAACAAUUGAAGAAAAUUAUUAUGGAUAGCACAUGA